CGUACGCCGCUCGCCGACUUGAACGCACGGCUCCCAAACUGUGCAGCGCGCUACGGAAAUUCAAGUUUUGUGAAUUAAAACAGAAAGUUUCAACUCUUUGGAUGAUAAUAAACUGAACGCCAUGUCUACCUUUAUUGAAGUUUGUGGUCCUCUCUCGCCACCGUCUACGCCUCCUUUAGUGGAAAACAAAGUUGAGCUGCCUUUGAAGAAGGCUGCGGUGAAACGCGCCCGGGAGUCUCCGGGCCUGGGAGGCCUGGUGACUCCGCAACCGUCGGACUCCGAGGGGGAAGAUGAGUUCAGCAAGCGCUCCCGUUGCGAACUCGCCCGCCUACUGCUGACCCCUCCGCCCGAGUGCAACCGACCCUCAGUGAUAAUGCGUGCCCACAAGGACGGGACCUGCAGUCCCGAGCCUCUCCCCCCACCGCCGCAAGACGUCAACAUAUUAAAAACCUUAAAAUUCAAAAUGAACCGCGGACACAGUUAUUCAUACGCGAAAUACAUCGCGAGCCAGCAAAGUCCGCCCGCGCCGCCUUCACCUCCUUCGCCACCGGUCGAGCGCGUACCUACUCCUACUGAAAGCCCUAAACAACCGAGGAUUGAAGAGCCUCGAGUUCCGGCAACACCCACCGCCUCCACCCCCGGCUGGGUGCCUCUUGCGCCUCGCCCAACCUCUGCCGUCAUCGUCCCCGGCGCGCUACUCCCUACAACGGCGCUGUGGCUCGUCGCUCCUGCACCUGCCGCGCGAAGACGUCUAUAUGAGUGUUCUUAUGAAGGCUGCGGGAAAAACUACUUCAAAUCCUCCCAUCUGAAGGCCCACGCCCGAACACACACUGGAGAAAGACCUUUUAAAUGCGCCUGGCCCGGGUGCGAGCGUCGCUUCUCUCGCUCGGAUGAACUCUCCAGACACAAACGCACACACACGGGUGAAAAGAAGUUCGUUUGUCGAGUUUGCAACCGUCGUUUCAUGCGUUCAGACCACUUGGCGAAGCACGUCAAACGCCACGCCAAGGAACGGGCGCCGCCGGCGCCGGUCCUGCGGCUGCUCCCCACGCCAACCCUGGCGAUGCCGACGCACUAAUACUGCAGCAAUACUACUGUGAUUCAGAUCUCAUGAUCGUUACCUAGUUGUAGUCCUUCUUUAAGACUGUCCUGACUACUUAAGUAGUUUUUAGCUUUAAGUCCAUGUAUGUUAGCUGAAAAGCUAUGAUUAAAAGAAAGAUUUUUUUACAUAAAA